AUGGCACGCAACGAACGCGGAGGGUCGCGAGUAGGCAGUUCUGGUCAAGGGGAUGUCGAUGCAGGACCUCAGUUCACAAGGGAUUUGUCCUGGACGCCUCUCAUGCACGCUGCUGCGGACGGAGACUUCGAGGCAGCCGAGAAGCAUCUCUCAGACAAAGACAAGAAGAACAGCGAGGGGGAUACAGCGCUGAUCAUAGCUGCGAGGGCAGGACACAAGAACAUCGUUGAGCUCCUCGACCCCACCGACAAAAACGGAUUUACUGCCCUCAUGAGAGCUGUUGACAGAAAUGAUGUAGGUACUGUGAAGGCGCUUGCUCCCCUUCAGGAAGGACAGAAGGCGUCCGGAGGCUUCAAGAUAGAUGAGAUGACCAUGUACAAGGGGGGAACCGCGCUGAUGAUGGCUGCGGCACAUGGAUACGCAGAAAUAGUAGAACUGCUAGCGGGUUACGAAGGAGGUGCGAAAGUAGGCGGUUGGACCGCUCUCGUAUUCGCGGCACGGAGUGGCCGUUCCAAUGACCCCCUGGUAGACUAUCCUAGGUGCGUUGAGCUUCUGGUGGGGUAUGAGAGCAGUGUCUCAGGGUGGACAGGACUCAUAUACGCCGCUUACCGUGGUGAUAUCGGUGCAGUCAGAAACAACCUUCACAUGAGGAGGGGCCAGGAUGCUGGUGGAUGGACAGCGCUUAUGUAUGCGGCAGCGCAAGGGCACAGAGGGGUUGUAGAGCUGCUCAAAAAAGAGAGUGGCAUGGAGAAUAAUACCGGUCAAACUGCUCUCAUGUGGGCAGCACGUAAUGGCCAUCCAGAGUGUGUCAGGCUUCUGUUAGGAAGAGAAAGUGGCAUGAAGAAUGAUAAAGGAUGGACAGCUCUUAUGAAUGCGGUGUGGGGUGACCACAUAGAGUGUGUUGAGUUACUCUUAGGGGAGAGGCAGCUGAUGACAGUCUAUGACUACUGUGGUUACCCGCCCCGUACUACUGCCCUUGACAUCGCUAAGAAGAAGGGUCACAAAGAGAUAGUAGAUAUCCUCUCGAAAUGA